AUGAGGCUCAAGAAGGAAAAUGUGAACUACUUUUUGGCGCUCUUUAAUUCUUUGUUCUUGGCUUGUGGUAUAUUACUAUGUUUGGCUGGAGCGUGGCUUCUGCAGGACACCAGACGUGUCCUUCUUUCAACUUUACUACUUUCUGCUGAGUCUCAUACAGGAUCGGGUUUGUUGCAUGGUUUACCACAGCCUAUACUGUUUUAUGCUGGUCUUGGUGGUUGCCUGAUUGGCCUGUACACCUGUAUUGUUGCUUCAAUUGGUUGCAGUGUUUCCUGCUGCUCUAAAAAUCGAUGUCUUGCAGUACUGUACUGCUUGAUGGUAACAGCUAUCCUAUUAGGACAAGGAUUAAUUUGUUUGGUAUUAUCUUUAUGGCCUUCCUGUUUAGGAUUAGAAUUAGACGCCACCUUGAUGGUUAGAGCAUUGCAGCGAAAUUAUGGAAUGCCUGGACAGGAGCAAUAUACGUUAGCAAUGGAUCUAGCCCAAACACAGUUCGAAUGUUGCGCCAUGAAUGAUGUGAUCAAUUAUGAUACCUCAUUAUGGAGAUUGCAAGGAAUGGGUCGUCGAGAGCUAGUUGUGCCAUAUACCUGUUGUCAUUUAUCUAAUGCUAAAGAUCCUGAUGGCUACUUAGAUCCCAAACCUGUGAAUGCAUCCAUGUGCGAAUCUUUGGAUUCUGAAGUUAACAUUUUUGGCAGAUAUCAACAAGGUUGCCUACCCGCCGUGGAACAAUGGUACCACCAGCACUAUACUAUCUUCUUAGCCGGAAGUCUCAUUUUUGUACUGAUGGAAUUUGCAGUUUUAUUAAGCACCCUUCUGACUUGUCCAAGAUAUUCUACAAAAGUUCAACCAUCGCCGGAACACCAAGCCAAACCAAUACACAUCAUCAGUACGCCAGAUGAAAUUGACCAAACCUUAUUCGACGAUGAUGUUGCUACUAGUCCUGAUUUAAGCUUGGAUUAUAUGCCACCAAGGCAAAUGUCUUAUAGGAAAAAUAGUAAUCAUUACAGACCUUAUACGAGACAUGCCCCAGCUUUUAGCUCAUUUAGAGGAUAUGUUGUAUAA